GUCUGUGUGACAGCACAGCAGUCAGGGUGGAGCCUGACUAUAAAACCUCUGCUGCACUUUCCUCCAACCUCUGAACAUUCCAGCCUCUCUCUCCUUUGCAGGCUUCCUCAUCCCAGUGCAGCAAGACUUAACAAGCAGCAGUCAUGCCGUCAGAACUGGAGACAGCCAUGCAGUCACUGAUCACGGUGUUCCACCGUUAUGCCUCUAGAGAAGGUAGAUCUGGUACACUCAGUCGGAGAGAACUCAGAGAAUUAAUGGAGAAUGAGCUGUCUAGCUUCCUAAAGUCUCAGAAGGAUCCUGCUGCAGUAGACAAGAUUAUGAAAGACCUGGACACCAAUGGCGAUGGCCAGGUGGACUUUGAGGAGUUUGUUUCUUUAGUUGUUGGACUUUCCAUUGCCUGCGAGCAGUGCUAUCAAAUGCACAUGAAAAAAAGUGGGAAGAAACAUUAGAACCGGAGAAAAAGAAAAGAUGAAAGCAUUUCAAUUUUGUAAAGCUCACAUUGUCUAUUAAAACACUGAAGAAUUCCAAAGU